AUGUCAAACGACAUUACGAAACAAAAAAACAAACAUUUUGAACAGCAAUAUCCACAAAAUACAGAGGUAAGGACAGCAAAACUACGACAGCUAAAGUCAUCAUAUGAAUCAACAAAUAAGUUGCUUGUGAGAGCUGUGACACAGCAAGAGAGAGCUACAGAAGCAUCUUUCCGAGUGGCCUGGGUACUUGGCAAAAACAAGAAGCCGUUCUCUGAUGCAGAGAUAGUUAAGGAGUGUUUAGUGGAGAUAGCAGAUGCUUUGUUUGAGGGAAAGGAGAGACAGGAGAUGUCAGAUAAAUUAAAGAAAAUCCCACUGUCCAAUGACACUUCAACCAGGAGGACAGAGAUACUUGCCCAUGACUUAAUUAAUCAGUUAACUGAUGAUAUCAAAGAUGCACCCUGCCUUUCACUUGCGGUGGAUGAGUCAACAGACUGCACAGACCAAGCCCAGCUAUGUGUGUUUGUCAGAUACUUCAGCAAGGCAAAGGGGACAUUCUGUGAAGACUUACUGGGCCUUACUCCACUCUGUCACACUAGAGGAGAGGACAUCUAUGAAGCUAUCAUGCAGAUGCUUAAUGAACGGGGAAUUGAUGUCAAGAAUAUUGUGUCCAUCACUACUGAUGGUGCUCCAGCCAUGAUAGGGAAGGAGAAGGGAGCUGUUCAACGUCUGAAAGAGGAGCACUCCGACCUGCUGACAUACCACUGUAUUAUACACCAGUCCGUGCUGUGUGCUAGCCUUGGAAAAGAAUAUUCAGACGUCAUGGAAACUAUUAUGAAGCUUGUGAACUACCUGAGAGCAUCCUCUGCCCUUCAGCACCGUCUUCUGCGGGCAUUCCUGACUGAGGUAAAUGCUGCUUAUGACGACUUACUCCUCCAUAACAAUGUUAGGUGGCUGAGUAAGGGAAGAGUCUUGGAAAGGUUUUGGGUCAUCAGGAAAGAUUUGGAGAUGUUUUUGUCCCAGCAGAAGAAUGUCAAAGCCAGGCAUUACUUGGAUUUUUUGAGGGAUGAUGACAGCAUGGAGCUUGUGGCCUUUUUAUUGGACAUAACAUCUCAUCUAAAUGAACUGAAUCUGAAGCUCCAGGGCCAAGGCAACACAGUGUGUGAUCUGAUGGCAGCCGUGCAGCUCCUUUGA